AUGGCAGACUACGGCGAGGAUGUGUGGGAGAAUGACCCCGACGACAUGGAGGAGGAAAUGGAGGAUGAGUCCAUCACAGCCGAGGACUGUUGGACCGUCAUCUCGUCCUUCUUCGCCAAGAAGGGCCUCGUGUCGCAGCAAAUCGAUUCAUUCGACGAGUUUGUCACCACCACCGUCCAAAGUCUGAUGGACGAAUACUCCACCGUCAGCCUCGACCAGAAGCUCCCACCCUCCGACGACCCCGAGCCUGCACGCAUGCGUCGAUACGAGAUCAAGUUUGGCCACGUUCUCGUCACCCGUCCCAACGUCACCGAAGGUGAUGGCGCCGUCAAGAACCUUCUUCCUUACGAAUGCCGCGAUCGAAACCUUACCUACUCUUGCCCCAUUUACGUUCGCAUAACAAAGGAAGUGAAGAUCGCGAGAGAAAAGGAAGUGGCUUAUGAGGACAUGGACCCCGACCAGCGCCAACACUACGAGGAGACUCAGGAACGCCCCACGACCAUAGUAUGGGAGAUGGAGGAGUCCGAGAAGGCAGGGGACAAGAAGAAGACAGGGCCUGAGCAUCUGCGUGACAUGGUGUACAUUGGAAAGAUGCCCAUCAUGGUCAAGUCGCAGAUUUGCCACUUGCGAAACGAGGACGAUGCCGGCUUGUUCUUGUUGAACGAAUGCCCUUACGAUCAGGGCGGGUACUUCAUCAUCAACGGCAGUGAAAAGGUUCUCAUCGCACAGGAGCGAUCAGCAGCAAAUAUCGUGCAGGUUUUCAAGAAGGCUCAGCCUAGUCCAGAUCUGUACCACGCCGAGAUUCGAAGUGCGCUUGAGAAGGGCUCGCGUCUCAUCAGCUCCCUGACCUUGAAGCUCAAGGCCAAGGGUGAGACAGGACGAGGCGGCUUCGGCCAGACCAUCUCCACGACUUUGCCGUACAUUAAAGCCGACAUUCCAAUUGCCAUCGUGUUCCGAGCGCUCGGCAUGGUCAGCGACGAAGACAUUCUCAACGCUGUCUGCUACGACCACAACGACACGCAGAUGCUGGAGAUGCUGCGACCUUGUAUCGAGGAAGCCUUUGCUGUGCAGGAUCGAGACGUCGCCUUGGAUUAUAUCGGUAGGCGCGGUAACAAUGGCCACCAGGUCGCCAAGUACAUCCGCAUCAAGAACGCCAAGGAUGUAUUACAGAAGGAGAUGUUGCCCCACAUUGCCCAGACUGAAGGCUGCGAGACAAGAAAGGCGUUCUUCCUUGGCUAUAUGACACACAAGUUGCUGCAGUGUGCUCUUGGUCGGCGUGAUACCGACGAUCGUGACCACUUCGGCAAGAAGCGGCUGGACCUUGCUGGUCCACUCCUGGCGAAGCUUUUCCGAAAUAUCGUCAAGAAGCUCACCGGCGACCUCAUGGCUUAUAUGAAGCGAUGCAUCCAAGAGGAGAAGGGGUUCGAUCUUACCCUGGGAAUCCGUCAUGGAACUUUGACCAAUGGCCUCAAGUACUCUUUGGCAACUGGAAACUGGGGCGAUCAGAAGAAGGCUAUGAGCUCUACUGCUGGUGUCUCCCAAGUGCUGAAUCGCUACACCUUCUCCUCCACGCUUUCUCAUUUGCGGCGCACGAACACGCCCAUCGGCCGUGACGGCAAGUUGGCCAAGCCGCGUCAACUGCACAACACUCACUGGGGUUUGGUCUGCCCAGCAGAAACUCCUGAGGGUCAGGCUUGUGGUCUUGUCAAGAACUUGUCUCUGAUGUGCUACGUGAGUGUUGGAACACCAGCAGACCCCAUCAGGGAUUUCAUGAUCCAGCGGAACAUGGAAGUCCUGGAAGAGUACGACCCUGCAUCGAAUCCAUACGCAACCAAGAUCUUUAUCAACGGCACAUGGGUUGGUGUCCAUCAGGAUCCAAAGCACCUCGUCGGCCUUGUCCAGGACCUACGACGCAAGAGUAUCAUUUCCCACGAGGUUUCCCUUGUCCGAGACAUUCGUGAUCGCGAGUUCAAGAUCUUUUCUGACGCUGGCCGCGUGAUGCGACCGUUAUACGUAGUGGAACAAGAAGAUAAUCCUGAAACCGGCGCGGCGAAGGGUACCCUGGUCCUCAACAAGGAACACAUCCGACGUCUCGAGGCUGACCAGAAUCUGAACCCGGCGGAUGAGGAUUACUUUGGCUGGGACAGUCUGCAGCACGGUGGUGUCAUCGAGUAUCUGGAUGCCGAAGAAGAGGAGACGGCGAUGAUCUGCAUGAGUCCUGAGGAUCUUGAUGAAUACCGGGAGGCCAAGAAGAGGCCAAAGCAGACUGAAGAAGAACACCACCAGGAGAAACUGGACCGCCUGAACGAUGAAAACACGGAUCUGAACGCCCGGGUCAAGACAAAGAUUAACACUGACAUCAACAUCAUCAUCCCCUUCCCUGACCACAACCAAUCCCCACGAAACACGUAUCAGUCGGCUAUGGGUAAACAAGCCAUGGGCUUCUUCCUUACCAACUAUUCCCGGCGCAUGGACACGAUGGCAAACAUCCUGUACUACCCUCAGAAACCUUUGGCGACAACGCGCUCCAUGGAGUUCCUGAAGUUCCGAGAGCUGCCCGCCGGUCAGAACGCGAUCGUAGCCAUUGCUUGCUACUCUGGUUACAACCAGGAAGAUUCCGUCAUCAUGAACCAGAGCAGCAUCGAUCGGGGCCUGUUUCGGAGUCUCUUCUUCCGUUCUUAUACCGACUCGGAGAAGCGAGUGGGCAUCAACGUCGUCGAGUCUUUCGAGAAGCCGUUCCGCUCCGACACGCUCCGAUUGAAGCACGGCACAUACGACAAGCUUGACGAUGAUGGAAUCAUCGCACCCGGUGUUCGAGUCUCCGGUGAAGAUAUCAUCAUUGGAAAGACAUCUCCUAUCAACCCUGACAACCAGGAACUGGGACAACGCACUGCGCAGCAUGUCAAGCGAGACGCCUCGACCCCACUUCGAAGCACGGAGAGCGGCAUCAUUGACUCCGUCAUCGUCACGACGAACCAGGAUGGUCUACGCUACGUCAAGGUUCGGGUUCGUACCACCAAGAUUCCUCAGAUUGGUGACAAGUUUGCUUCUCGUCACGGUCAGAAGGGCACUAUUGGUGUUACUUACCGUCAGGAAGACAUGCCAUUCAGUCGCGAAGGUGUUGUACCUGACAUCAUCAUCAACCCCCACGCCAUUCCGUCGCGUAUGACGAUAGCCCAUUUGGUCGAGUGUCUCUUGUCCAAGGUGUCCACAUUGAAGGGAAUGGAGGGUGAUGCAACUCCUUUCACCGACGUCACCGUCGACUCUGUCUCUGAUCUGCUCCAUGCGCAUGGAUACCAAUCGCGUGGCUUCGAAAUCCUCUACCACGGGCACACAGGGCGAAAACUCAAAGCCCAGGUCUUCUUCGGCCCAACGUACUAUCAGCGUCUUCGACACAUGGUGGACGACAAGAUCCACGCUCGUGCCCGCGGGCCGGUGCAAAUCAUGACGCGGCAGCCCGUGGAGGGUCGUGCUCGAGAUGGUGGCCUGCGUUUCGGAGAAAUGGAGCGUGAUUGCAUGAUUGCCCAUGGUGCCGCUGCUUUCCUAAAGGAGCGUUUGUUUGAGGUGUCAGAUGCGUUCAGAGUCCAUAUCUGUGAGAUUUGUGGACUCAUGACGCCUAUUGCAAACCUUACCAAGCAGUCCUUCGAGUGCAGGCCCUGCAAGAACAAGACGAAGAUCGCGCAGGUGCACAUUCCCUACGCUGCCAAGCUGCUUUUCCAGGAGCUGGCAGCCAUGAACAUUGCUUCGCGCAUGUUCACCGACCGAUCGGGUGUGUCGAUCAGGUAA